GGUCCAUCUGAGUCUACGGCUGACCGACUCUGGAGAAGCCGUGCAAGAUAAGGAAUAUAUGAGAGAGAGAGAGAGAGAUUUCUUUUAAGAUUCAAACUGGGUGUUCACGAUCUGUGCAAGUUUUAGAUUGAGGCCACGAUUGUCUUCUGGGUUCUCUUUGUUUUCAGGGAAACUUGUAGGAUAUGUAAUCAAGCUGGAGAUUUAUCCACGAUCGGCACAUAUUUUGUUUGUUUCUUCGUUUGUUGGUACUGUCUUUGCUUUUUGAGCUUUUGUUCUUCUGGUUCAACUAUUUUGGGACAUAUCCACCCAGUCACUGCAACUUCAGUUACACAAUGAUGUCCGAUGAUGGACUCUCGUCGAUUCCACCCACAAUCAGAGGCUUCUCCCACGAACCAAAUCCAAACCCUAACCCUAACCCUAACCCCAAUCCUGCUAAGAGGAAGCGGAAUCUUCCCGGUACUCCAGAUCCAGAUGCCGAAGUGAUAGCGCUCUCGCCAAAGUCUCUGAUGGCGACCAACAGAUUCAUAUGCGAAAUAUGCAACAAGGGUUUUCAGAGGGACCAGAACCUGCAGCUUCACAGAAGAGGCCACAACCUUCCAUGGAAGCUCAAGCAAAGAACCAACAAAGAGGUGAAGAAGAAGGUGUACAUAUGCCCGGAGAAGAGCUGCGUCCACCACGAACCAGCGAGAGCCCUCGGCGACCUCACCGGAAUAAAGAAGCACUACAGCCGGAAACACGGCGAGAAGAAGUGGAAGUGUGAGAAAUGCUCAAAGAAGUAUGCUGUUCAGUCGGAUUGGAAAGCUCACAGCAAAAUUUGUGGCACUAGAGAGUAUAAAUGUGACUGUGGAACAAUUUUCUCCAGGAAGGAUAGCUUCAUCACCCACAGGGCCUUCUGUGACGCUCUAGCUGAAGAAAGCGCAAGGUUCACUUCACUUCCGACCCCAAAUCUGAACUUCCGAACCGAGCUGAUUAACGGAACAAUUAGAACUAAUCUUCAGGCCGCCGGAAACCCCCAAUUUCCACCAACGUUCAGCCGGCCGGAUCUCAUCGGUUUAGAGGCUGGCCAGCUCAACUUGGACGGCCAGAAACCUAGGCAGCUGCCACUUUGGCUGGACCAUGGCAAUAGUUCACAUCUUAACCCUAUUGGGAAUAUGGCCGCCAAUUCCAAUCCCAAUUUCUUGCCUGAAUUGAUCCAAACAAAUAUGUUUGGAUUGUCAGCUCCAUUUCCUCAUGUUCUGAAGGAAGAAGAAGAGAACAAUAAUUUCAAUCCUCUCAACCAGCAAGAAGCCCCGGCUCACAUGUCGGCGACGGCUUUGCUUCAGAAAGCAGCCCAAAUGGGAUCAACCAGUAGCAGCAAUUCGCCUCUUUUCAACACCAACUUGUUCACGAGCUCAUCAUCACUCUCUCUCCCCAAUUUCAACCAUUCUUUCAACCAGCAGAAUAAGUUGAACGAGUUGAUGAAUACUACUACCACCAUAUCAACUUCAUCACUAAUGGUCAAUGCAAAGAGCUUGGAGUCUCUGAUCAUGAAGCCAAGCAGUGAAGCUGAACGAAGCAUGACCAGAGAUUUUCUUGGAGUUGGGCGCGGCGAUCGUGGCAGCGGGGCACUAUUGCAGCAAGAACUGGCGGCCAACUUUGCCUCGCUGGGCUCAGCCAUGGACCUAAGCCACCAUUACAGUGGCAAUUGAUUAAUAUUCAGUAAGCUCCAAAUCGAAUAUGUUAAGUCCAUAUGUUGUACCAUAUAGUUUUCAAGACUAAUCUAUGAUAGAUAGGCGGCAGUACACCGAUAGACCAGAAGAAGAAAGGGUUUGAACAAAACUCAAAAUUUCCCGAGAAAAAGAGAGAGAAAGGGAAAGAGAGAGAGCAAGAGAAAAGAUCCCGUGACUUGUCAGAGAAAUGGGGGGCCACUGCAUUUUGGAAGAGACUAAACAAAGCGAAAGACAGAAUUUGGAGAUCACAGGCGGUCGUUCUUGGACUCACUCUGCUGCUUGCUGCUGCUAGCUGCAUGGGGGUAAAUUAAAAUCAAUAUUAAAUCAAAUCAAUUUCCACUUCCCUUUUUUUUUAUAUUAAUUAAUUUGAAGACCCUGGUGUGUUGUGAUCAAGUGAUCCGACUGUGACCAUUUUUUGGUCACGGCUCAAGUAUGGACGUCGGAUUGGAAACUAUCAAAAUGCAUAUUAUUAGUUCCAACUAUAUAUAUAUAUAUAUAUAUGUAUGUA